AUGGCUUCUCUUAUUAAAUGGGCCAGUGUAGCAUUUCGACGAGCCCCUUUACCCCCUCUUGUCUUUCGAACCAGCGGAUUUGAAACGAUCAGUCCAUCGCAAAUCCUCGAAGAAGAACUGUUUGAAGAAUUCAAAAAAGGACACUAUUAUCCUGCAAAAAUCGGCGAUAUUUUGCGGUCCAAGUACCAGAUUGUCGGUAAACUGGGAUUUGGUGUCACUUCCACAGUAUGGCUCGCUCGUGAUCUCGAAGGACGUCAAUAUGUCGCAUUGAAACUCUAUACACGCGAUGAAAGCAAUACAGAAGAGUUUGAAAUUUACCAGCAUCUUAACAAAGGCAACAUAUCACAUCCCGGAUAUCCCCACGUGAGAACUGCAUUAGACAGAUUUACGAUUCCACACGACGGAAACUACCACCACUGUCUUGUCCAGAAGCCUAUGUGGGAGAGUUUCAGAGAUCUUCUAUAUCGCAAUCCAACCCAUAGGUUUACGGAAGAUCUUCUCAGGGCUGGGCUUAAGCAAGUCUUUCUCGCGCUUGAUUAUCUCCACACGGAAUGCAAGCUCAUCCAUACAGAUAUCAAGAGCGACAACAUCCUCCAGGAAAUAGAAGAUCUAUCUAUCCUAGACAGCUUUUCUAGAGCCGAGAUGGAGCACCCCUCACCGCGAAAGUUUGUUAAUAAUAUGCCAGUCUACGCUUCUCGGCGGUUUGAUUUGCCCAGGGUGUUUGGCAUGGCAGUUCUCAGCGAUUUUGGCUCAGCUGUACAAGGGGAUGAAAGAAGAAAUCACAAUGCUCAGCCGGACGUUUAUAGAGCGCCAGAGGUUAUGUUAAAAGCUGAGUGGAGCUAUCCGGUUGAUAUAUGGAACGUUGGUAUCAUGGCGUGGGACCUAUUUGAGGGCAAGCACUUAUUCGACGGUAACGACCCUGAUGGAAAAGGGUAUUCCACGCGUGCGCACCUUUCUGAAGUUAUUGCAAUGCUGGGGCCGCCUCCUGUUACUCUAAUCAGGCGCGGGACGCGCAGCUCUGAGUUCUUUACCGAAGAUGGACACUGGAAAAGUGAUAUUGAGAUUCCGAAAGACAGGUCCUUGCGUAACUCAGAAGAAUUUCUUAGUGGCCGAAAUAAAGAGUUGUUCUUGAAGUUCAUGAUGGGGAUGCUCCAAUGGAAACCAGAAGACAGAAAAACGGCCAAGGAACUACUACAGGAUCCUUGGCUAAAUGGCCAUUCGAUCUAG